GCAUGGAUCUAUCAAAGUGGCAGAUUUCAAAUCAAGCUGGAGGAAUGGACUGGCUUUUUUAGCUAUCAUCCAUGCCUUAAGACCAGAUUUAGUUGACAUGGACAGAGCAAAGGGUAGAGCCAACAAAGAAAAUUUGAAGGAGGCUUUUAAAAUUGCAGAACAUGAAUUAAAUAUUCCAAGACUUCUUGAACCUGAAGAUGUCGAUGUUAUCAGUCCAGAUGAAAAAUCUAUCAUGACUUAUGUGGCUCAGUUUCUGCAGUAUUCCAGAAGUUUACCUGUGGCUGAAGAAGACAUGCAGGGAAAAGUAAAAGAGGCCUUGAGCUGGCUGACCACACAAGAGAAGAAGUUAACAAAGUUGUUGGUUGAUACAGAAAAUGAAACAUGCUAUAGAAAAUUUCAAGAAAUGCUGUCAUUUAUGGAAUUGUUUAAUGAAGAGAAAAGACCCUUUCUGCCAGUGUUGUCUUCAAAAAGAAGUGUGCCUGAGCUAAAUGAAGAUCUGAAAUGGAUGAGAGCAGCAUGGGAUAACCUAACCUCCCAGAUUAAUGAAUGGAAAACAAAGCUGGACCGUGCACUACCCCCACCGCUAGACAGCAUCGAGGUCUGGCUCCAAGAGGUAGAACAUCUGCUGGCAGAAGGUUUACCUGAUUCGCAGGAUCACUGUAAAGCAAUGGCCCUCUUCAAAGAAAAAAUUAUCUUAUUUAAGGGCUUGAUGGAUUAUUUUGACUGUCACUUGGUCAGCCUUCAAUCCUUUGAGAAUAAAGAUGAGAAGGAUAUGCCACUGGUACCAACUGAGAAGCUAGAUGACAUGAAAAGAAGAUUCAGCAAUAUCCAGUCUUCAAACUUCAGCAUACUUCUAGAAUACCACUACUGCCUGUGCUCAGCUAUCUCAGAUGAAGUGACAUUAAAGUUAAAUAUCAGGGAUAUCAAAUAUGGGACUAAGGAAUCUGUGGAGUUGUUGCUGAGAGAUUGGCAUGAUUUUAUUGAAGAAAGGGGAGUCACAGCUCAACUAGAAACUGCUUUUCAAAUAUGUGAAGACAUGAAAAACAAAAACAUAAGCACGAAUGUCUUAGUUGGUGAUCCUCCAGACACUAGUAAACUAUUUAAGAUGGUAGACUCUAAGAUUUCUAUGUGCAGAGAAUAUAUUUACAAUGUAAACACUGUCCUACAAAAAGUUCUAUGUUCUUGGGCUACUUAUAUGGAGAACAUUCAUUUACUGAAGACAUGGUUGGAUGAAACACGAAAAGGACAUCUUAAAAAGGUCCCCACUGAGAUUCUGGCAGACUGGAACUCAGUGCAUGGUUCCUUAAAUGAAGCUGGAAACUUCUUAAUUGAAGUCAGCAAUGAGCAAGUGGGAUCAGAUAUUUCUAAAGAACUGAAAAAACUGAACACAAGAUGGGCUAAAUUUAUAAAGAGAACACAGUUUGAGAUGAGAUUACUGAGAAUGCAAGAAGAGCAAAAGAAGUCAGUUGUUGACAGUAAUGGAAAUUCUCAGUCUCCUGCCGAGGCAGUGCCAAAUGCACUCAGUGUUACAGCAGAUAUAUCAACGGAGGCUAGUAAGAAACACAUUCAGAAUGCAGAGCUUAGAGAAAAGGAUGCAGAUGUAACUGAACAGGCCACUGAGCUUCUGCCCAGAGUGGAGAAAAUGGAAGAGCUUCUCAAAGGAGUAGAAAACUGGGCCACAGAAACAGAAUGCCUUCUUGAGACGAUCAAACAUGAAGGAUGCGUGGGAAGCUCAACAGAACAAUCUUUACAGAUCCUAAUUGCCAGAAGGACCUUGUGCCAAGAACAAGUUGCUGCAGCAGAAGAAAUCUUGCAAGUUUUGACACGUAAUAUUUCAAGCCAGGUGUCCCUCCCGGAUUUUGAGACAGCUGGGCUACCGACACGAAUUAAAGAAGUCAGAGAGAGACUCCAGGCUGCCAUGAAUAACCUAGACCUUGUCUCACCCAAAUCUGAAGAGACUCUGUCAAAAAAGGAGGUCAUGAUCAAUUUUGAAAAAUCCCAGAAGGAGCUUGAAACAUCUAUUUUAAAAGCUAUGCAACUCAUUAGCCAAAAAGUGAGCCCUGAUGAGCACAUUUCAAAAAAUGAGGAAGCUUUUAGCAUUUUGGACACAGGAAUUCUUGAAAAUUUUUUGAAAGCAGCUGACCAAUUGAAAAAUAUUUCACCAGCUCAUGAAAAGUUAGCAGUGGAGGAAAGAUGCAAAGAUGUUCGUGAAAGAUGGGAGGCAGUUCAUCGUGAAAUCAUAUCAUGUAUUCAGUUCAUAAUGGAAAUUGAAAUAGGGAAAUUUAAUGCAACUUUUUCAAAACUCAGUAAGCAAAUAAAUAAAGAGAAGAAACUCCUUAGCAUGGGUAAAACCAAGGGACUUAUAAAAGAACACGAG